AUAGCCUCCGCAUUCCUGAGCAGAACAACCUGAGUGCUAAUCUGGGUUCCAUCCCACUGAAAACUACUCGGCCUCUUUUUGUGUUUUCAUUCACUCUGCAUUCUCCAAAUCUAGACACUUGGUUUUGGACUCUGUCACCUAUAGCGGAUACGCUCAGGCCACCGCCAGACACCCAAACCUUGGACCUGAUCACUGACUCAUUUUCCUUUCCCCAGAAAAACCGAAGGUGUAUCAAGGUGUCCGGGUAAAGAUCACAGUGAAGGAGCUGCUGCAGCAGAGAAGGGCACACCAGGCAGCCUCAGGGGGAACCAAAUCCAUCUCAGUUUGGGGAGCCCCUCCAGGUUAACAUCUCUGUGGAACAUCCUUCACUCUCUCCUCAUCCUUCGAGAACUCAGCCUCUGAGAUCAUUUUCUGCCCGGAGGCACCAGCACCCACCUUUCAGAGCCAGUGGCGCCGUCCUCUGCAGGACUCUACUUUGAGCCUGAACCAAUGUCUUCCACACCCAAUUACUUUCAACCCCGAGAAUUUUCCACUUGUAUAUCUUGUGAAGAAAACUCAACCUGCCUGGACCAGAUCUUUGAUUCGUACCUUCAGACUGAAACAUUCCCAGAGCCCUUGCUCAACUCCACACCUAAUGCUCCAUGUUACCUACCAGACGGCUUCCAGGCCACCCCUUUCUGCUUUAACCAGAACCUGACCCCAGGAUCACCUUCAGAUUCCUCCACUCUCUCUGGCUCCUUAGACUACAGUUACUCACCAGCUCAGCCGCCUUCAUAUGCUUCAGAGAAUUAUAGUUCUCCCCCUUCUUUGGAUGCGCUAAACCAUGGCUACCCCCAGGAAGACUGCUCCUACCACCACUUGCCCUCGCACACCCAGUACAGCUGCUUCUCCACCGCCACCACCUCCGUCUGCUGCUGUGCAUCCUGCGAAACGGAGCACUGGGAGGCCCUCCAAACAGCAGAAAGCUUCUCCCCAAGUGCAGACUGGGUGGAAUUUGCCCCCUUAGCAGCCUCCUCCACUGAUUUCUACAAAAGGGAAACAAACUGUGACAUAUGCUACAGUUAAUAGAAAUUAUGCCAUUUGGAACAUGGCGUGGGCAUAUCUACUUUUCUGCCAUACCUAGAUGACACUUCAACAUAUGCAGCCUGUUCACAAGAUACACAAGCACAGUUUACAUGUCACUGCUUUCUAUUUUCUGAUGCUAAAGUCAGCAUUAAUGUCAAGUCCUUGAACCUGGUCAUAAUGCCUACUUCAUAUGCUGUGAGUUAUGAUUGUAGGUGACUUUCCAUUUACUUUUCUGUGUAACCAACUAAUUUUUUCU